AUGGACAAAGAAAACAUACCUACGUCCCCCACCAGGGACCAGCCGCUAAAGCCCAUUUCACCUAACAAGCCAGGCAGGCUUAACUUCCUCCAGAAUGACAAUAUUGACGAGCAUUUUUCCCAGCUCCACAAUGCCCAACACUUGAUCCAACAACAAUUGUACAACCUCGAAGUCCAGACAAAGCAAACGUCGCUUGAUGUGGGUCAGAUCAGUGAUCGGCUGAAGAAUAAUAACCAGCAUCUCAACAAGUUGCUUCAAAACAUCGCCAAUUACUCGGAGGAGGUGAUCACGGAAGGUAAUGCUACCAAGCAGGAUAUCACCAAUAUCUUGGAGAAACUCGCCGAGUUCAGCGACGAAUUGAAGAAGUGCUCAAGACUGUUGGAUAAUGUCUCACGUGAAAGCUCCGAAUCCGUCAAGCAGAGUCUUCAGGAAGUGUUGCAAGGUGUGAAGUCCUCCAACAAUAAUGAGGUCUCGCAGCAAGUUCAACAACUACACAGUAUGGUCAGCGAACUCAAGAGUAAAGAGCUUGUGCAGGUCAGUGAUGAGAUCAAUCAAAUCAAAAAAUCAGUGACUUCCAACGAAGAUAUCACCGAUAUCAAGAAGGUUCUCACCAGGGUGCUUCAAAAGGACGAAUCGCUAGUCCUCGCAAAGCUCAAUGAAAUCGAGCAACAUCUUCCAGAAAGAGACUUGGUCAGACAGAUAGUGGAUCCGGUCAUAGCAGAAUUGAAGGCGGUUUCCCUCGAUUCGAAGUCUCUUAGGUUGCUAGAGGAUAUUCUAUCGAUUUUGAGUAACACAAGAAAGUCGGACCAGGACUCCAAACAAUUCCAGACCGAUUCCAGCGAACUGUUGGCCCUGAUAAAGCAAAGUAAUGCUGAAUUGGCCACCAAGUUGGCGGAACAAACAUCACUAAUUGAACAGUUGACAGCUAAUAUCAAAUUACAGCAAUCGACUGCCGAAUUACAAUCUAAAUAUGAUGCUUUGCAAGGAAAGUAUGAAGAAAUGACCCGUGCCUACACUUCCAGAUUUUCUGAGUUCAAGAUUCUCCAAGAGCACUUCAAGGAAUUGGCCUCUAAUACCAACAGAAUCAGCGUCACUGAUGGAGGGGCCAAGGUGGGACGGUUGAACAAAGUCCGUCAAUUACAUGCAUCGAAAAUGGAGGAGAUCGGACGGACUGGUGGUUGGAGAGGAGAAGACAAAAGAAUUGUCAGUACACCUGUGCACAGAGUGAACGAGGAUGAAAUGAAUAAUUCUGAUGAAGAAUACUGA